AAGCAUUACGUCAUUUCUUUUUUCUAAACAAAGACAGCAUUGGGGGUGUAACUUGGCGGAAUGAUGGGGUGAAUCAAGCUUGUUCUAAGCCCGUAACUAUUGGUUUUUUAUUCCUCAGUUUCUUUUGGUUCAGUGUUUUUGGUCUGUAAGUAAUGUCCAUGCUGUGUGAGCGCGAUACCAACCACAAUACGGAGGCAGAUAAUGUGAAUGCGAUUGUUGACGAUUGGCGAAAUGGAGCAAUGCAAGUCUUCGGUGCCACAACACGGUUUGUACGCUACUUGGAAGUUUUUGAGGAAUUUGAUCGUGGAAACAACAAACUGGACAGACAGAAUCUACGACAGGCCCUGAAUCACAUGAAGAUAUUUCCAACCAGAUCCCAAAUUUAUUCCAUGCUGAAAUGUGGGAGUGAGUGCUCGGAGAGAGAUACCGACGAUUUCAUUACUUUUGGGGAGUUCUGCGUCUUUGCCUCAGACCUAGAGGAACAUUAUGAAAAAUCCAGUGCCUUAAAUCAUUCCUGUGAGAUUCCUAAUGCAGCUGAUCCGCGAUUUCACCACAGCACAACUCAGCGACCGCGAUCUUCAUCGUCCAUACCCAAAUUCAAAGUGUUCCUAGGCGGUUCGUGCAACCCAACAACAUGGAGGAAAGACAUAGCUAUCCCAAUGUUGGAAGAGUACAACCUAUCCUACUACAACCCACAGGUUGAGAGUUGGAGCCAUGAGCUGAUAGCUAUUGAGGACGAUGCCAAGGAAAGAGCUGAGCUGCUCCUGUUUGUCAUCGACAGCUCAACGCGCAGUGUAGCAUCGCUAGUCGAAGCAGCAUAUCUAUCAGGUGGAGGGAGACCGUUGGUGCUUGUCAUGAAGGGAUUGCCCACAGAAGUAGACAAUGAGAGAAUCUCAGAAAAUGAGUUGAAGGAUCUCAAGCACAGCCAUGCCUUUCUGUGCGAUAUGGUGGAGAGACAGUGGUGUCCCAUCUUUGAGGAUCUGAAAAUCGCCUUACACUGUGCGGCCAAGGUUCUGCACCAGGGACUGCACAUGAGUCAACUUACAUCAGAAGACAGAGCACAACCUGUGAAACAUCCCACCUUGAAAGUUGGAGACAAACUAAGGCAAAUCAGAGAGGUCUUCGAUGAGUUUGAUCGAGAUAGUCGCAGCAGAAUAUCACUGUCUAAUGCAUUCCUUGCCAUCCGGGCUGUUACCGGUAAAGAUCUAGCCUUCCCAGCGUACGACCAAAUAGUAGCCAGCUGUGCCGAGUCAGGGGACAAGACCGACUUGGAUUUUAAUGAGUUUUGUUGCCUGGUUACCGAGUAUAAACACUACGAACCACCGCCCACCAGUAAGGGAGCUUUCUCCCGACUUGUGUCUUCCAUAUAUCGUUGGCUGAGCACGUUCACGAUACAGUCCGUUCCUAGAGAAGUCGUCCAACUCAAGACGGAUGUCUUCCUUGGUGGCACCUGCCUGGACACAACAUGGAGAGAGGAGAUAGCCAUCCCUUGUCUCGAGAGGCACGGCCUGUCCUACUUCAACCCUAAGGUAGCAGACUGGAGCAUGUCCAACAUCGCCCUGGAGGCCAUCGCUAAGGAUACAUCGCUGUACCUUCUAUUUGUCAUCAGUGCUACGUCCCGCGGCAUUGCAUCCAUGAUUGAGGUUGCCCACUAUGUUGGUCAAGGGAGGAAGGUUGUCUUAUGCAUACAGCACAUGAAGCAUGGACUUUGUGUCUAUGGUGAAAAGCUGACGGAAAGAGCUAUCACAGAUUACAACCGGGCCCGUAGCUACCUCGCUGAUCUGACAGAGCGUCGGGGGCUGGCACUCUAUGACGACAUCCAGGAAACGAUUGAUGCACUGGUGCAGAAACUCCAAAUGGAACACACCAGACAGACAUGAACUACGCGUCGUAAGUGGCCUUGAAAUCAGUAUUGAUUUGCGUACAUGCGAUCCCUCUCACAGUUUGAAGGAAUGAUUAGGAUUUUUUACUGUAGGCAGGUGGGCAUGGGGGGGGGGGGGGUUGACUUUAGUAUUUCCUUACUAAAAAAAAUAUGAAAUUCUGAUUCCAGAAUUUUCCGUUUAUUUUCUGUCUGAUUCCAUCCAGCCAGAUUUUUGUAAUAAAGAGUAAGUUUUUAGUUUAAAAAUCAGGGCCCAAUUUCAAAGCGCUGCUUAACAGCCGAUUUUGUGCUAACAGAGCCUCCGUCUUUUUCAUAGGACUGUAAGCAGUAAGCACAGCAAAAGCACGCUCAACCCCGGAGCAAGAACUUGCUUAAAUCAGUGGCAUAAUAGAAAUCUCCAUGCACGCGCAACCGUUAACACAUCCACGCCAUGAAAUAAUACUUAGGCUCAGCAUGAGUUUCUGCUAUAGUAUGCACAGUUUUCUGCUAACUGUUAAGCAGCGCCAUUAAAGUGGGCUCAGUUGUGAGAAUAUCCUCAAGAAUUACUUGUGCAUGCAGCACAAAUUUGUGUAAGUUCUUGUAAUACCCAAUUGAAAUAGUAAAAUGACCCAUGUGCCUAUCGGAAUCACUUGAUGAUAACCACUCAUACCUCCCAAAUCUAGCCUUUCAUUAAUCAUUCAAUGAAACACAAAGGGAAAUUGACUCGGUGCAUUAUAACAAUUUGUAAAAGUUGAACAAAGAAAUUGACUGGAGCUGGGCUUGAACCCACGGGGCUUGAAUCUACGGGGGUAGUGCACAUGCACAAACAUUGCCCUAGUUGCAUGUACAUGAAAAGAUGACAGCACAUACAUCAACAUUUUGU